AUAUUUUUCUCUCUUUCACACUUUCGAAAUGCCAUCUUGUGCGUCGAUUUGUUUGUGUUGAAUGAAUACGUAACAAAAUAUAAACGAAGUGAAGAAUCAGACCAGAUAAUAUAAAGAGAAACCUUAAGAUGGGAGUACCAGCAUUCUUCCGCUGGUUGAGUAGAAAGUACCCCAGUGUCAUAGUGGAAUGUAUUGAACAGAGGCCUACCGAUGUCGAUGGCGAGCUCGUAUACAUAGACUCAUCCCUCCCAAACCCCAAUGGGGUUGAGUUUGACAACUUAUACCUGGACAUGAACGGGAUCAUCCAUCCCUGUACACAUCCCGAGGAUAAGCCACCCCCAAAGGACGAGGAUGAGAUGAUGGUGGCUAUCUUCGAGUGCAUCGACAGGCUGUUCAGGAUUGUGAGGCCCAGGAAACUGCUGUACAUGGCUAUUGAUGGAGUUGCACCAAGAGCAAAAAUGAACCAGCAAAGGUCCCGUCGUUUCCGUGCGUCUAAGGAAACGCAGGAAAAAAUUGAUGAGAUAGCCCGCAUUCGAUCGGAGCUGCUCGCUAAGGGCGCAUACCUGCCGCCCGAGAGGCCCAAGGAGGCGCACUUCGACUCCAACUGCAUCACACCCGGGACACCCUUCAUGGACAGGCUCAGCAAGUGCCUACAUUAUUAUAUACAUGACAGAUUAAACAAUGACCCAGGCUGGAAAGGCAUCAAGGUGAUACUCUCUGAUGCUAAUGUCCCCGGUGAAGGAGAACACAAGAUUAUGGAUUAUAUCAGGAGGCAGAGAGUGCAGCCGGAGCACGACCCGAACACGCAGCACGUGUUGUGCGGCGCCGACGCCGACCUCAUCAUGCUGGGGCUGGCCACGCACGAGCCCAACUUCACCAUCAUCCGGGAGGAGUUCAAACCCAACAAGCCGAGGCCCUGUGACGUGUGCGGACAACUAGGACACGAAAUGAAGGAAUGCACGGGUAGCAACCCCGACGCGGCGCUGGUCCGCGCGGACCCCGCCUUCGGCAAUCAGGACAGCUUCAUCUUCGUGCGGCUGAGCGUCCUCCGGGAGUACCUGGAGAAGGAGCUGCAGAUGCCGGACCUGCCCUUCCCCUACGACUUCGAGAGGGCGCUCGACGACUGGGUCUUCAUGUGCUUCUUCGUGGGAAAUGACUUCUUACCUCAUCUCCCGAGCUUGGAGAUCAGAGAGGGCGCUGUGGAUCGAUUAGUCAAUUUGUAUAAGAAGUGUGUUUAUAAGACUAAGGGUUGGAUAACAGACAGCGGCGACGUGAACCUGGAGCGGGUGCAGGUGAUCAUGACGGAGCUGGGCCACAUGGAGGACGAGAUCUUCAAGCGGCGCCAUCAGAACGAGCUCAACUUCAAGCACAAGGACAAGAUGCGCAAGCGCAACCAGCAGCGCGUCAACUUCCAGAUGCUCGAGAAGACACAGUUCGCGCCCAUGCCUAUUGCAGAGGCAAUUAAACCUCUGGAAAACGUCCGCCAGGAGGCGGCUGUUCUGCGUAUUGCGGGCAUGCAGCGCGCCGCCGCUCAAGAGCAAGAUGGCGAUCGCGGUCGCAAGCGCUCAGCGACUGCGGCCGGACUCGACGACGACGACGACGACAAGCACGACGAGGUGCGGCUGUGGGAGGAGGGCUUCAAGGAGCGGUACUACGAGAGCAAGUUCGAGGUCGCCAGGGAUAACCUCGAGUUCAGGUACCGCGUGGCCCUGCAGUACGUGCGCGGGCUGUGCUGGGUCCUGCGCUACUACUACCAGGGCUGCGCCAGCUGGAAGUGGUACUUCCCCUACCACUACGCGCCCUUCGCCUCCGACUUCGUCAACAUCUGCGGACUGUCCACCAAGUUCGAGGAGGGCACGCAGCCGUUCCGGCCCCUAGAGCAGCUGAUGGGCGUGUUCCCGGCCGCCAGUUCGUCUCACGUGCCGCGGCCUUGGGCCUGUCUCAUGUCGGAUCCCUUCUCGCCUAUCAUCGACUUCUACCCGACGGACUUCAAGAUCGACCUGAACGGCAAGAAGUUCGCGUGGCAAGGCGUCGCGCUGCUGCCCUUCGUGGACGAGGCGAGACUCUUCAAGGCCCUGGAGCCUUACUAUGGGGACCUUACGGAAGCAGAGAAGCAGCGCAACAUCCGCGGCUGGGACCGGCUGUACGUGGGCCCGGGCAACAAGAGCUACGCCUACGUGUGCGGGCUGUACGCGGCGGCGGGCGCGCGCCUGGCCGCGCUCGUGGCCGAGCCCGCGCGCUACCGCUACUGCAGCGACGGCGUCAGCGGGGACGUCAUGCUCAGCAAGGACUGCGUCGUCGUCGGAGGGCAGCUACCCUCACCGGUGAUAGGCCUGCAGCCAGUCCUGGGUAACCAGGUGGUGUGCGUGCGGUUCUCGGACCCCGAGUACGACAAGGAGUUCCCCGCGCGGCGCCUGGAGGGCGCGGUGCAGCCGCCGCGGGUGCUGCGCCCCGGACAGGGGCCCGAGGACACCGGCAACAGGAACUGGCGCCCGCAGAUAGGCAUGGUCCGCUCCAACACGAUAGCGUCCAUGGAGGAGGCGGGCCGCCGCAUGCUGGGCCACCACCUGCCGCGCGCGCAGCCCUACGGGGCCGUGCCGCCGCCGCAGGGGCAGCAUCAACGCUCACAGUCGUUCGGUCCCCGACCCAGCGGGUACAUGCCAUACCAAGGGCACGGGCAAGGCGGCCGCAGCUACAGCUCGGGUAACCAGGAGCAAGGCAGCCGGUACAACCGCGACCACAGCCAGGGCUCUCGCGGCUACCAGAACAACCACGAGCAGGGCUACAGCCAGGGCAAUCAGGGCAGUCGCUCUGGUUUCGGCUACGGCAACCAAAACAGAUUCGGGAAUAACUCUGGUGGUUACAACCAGAACCGGAGUCAGAGUCAAGGAUACAGUUCACAGAGUGGAGGCUACCAGAAGUAUGGUGGUCACCAGACAAGCCAGGGCUACAGCUCCACAAACAAAUCUAGUAACCAGGGGUACAGCACGCAGGGCGGGCGGGACUCGCGCAGCCGGCACCACAGCGACCAGCCGCCCUCGGGGCAGGGCCGCCGGUACCAGGGCUCCAGCCAAGGCGGCUCGUGGCACUAACACCGCAGCCUUAAGACUUUUAGAUGUAACGUGAAAUAAAAUUUAAUAAAAAACGCUGUUUGCCACAGGCAAUAUGUGCAUAUCUAAAAUUGCGAUUCGAGCGGAUAUUUGUUGGGAAACUAUAAUUUAAUUAUGAAGUAACCAAUAUCUGUUUCCAUACUUGUAUUAUAAUUAUAAAUAACAACGUAUAAGACCUACAAAUAUAUCAUCAAUGUACACAUUUAAUUAUUAUUUCCACAUUUAUUUAUGUUUUGUAUAUUUUGUGAAAUUCGUCUUGAAAGCUAAAUAGUUAGUGAGGUAUGUUGCGUACGGCUAGAAAUUGUACCUAUUUUAGCUAGUUAUGUUUACAUGUGAUAUUUUGAGAAUUAAAAGAUUAUCGACUAUGUUUCAUAUCUGUUCAUAAAAUAUUACUGUCUUGGGGGUACUGCAGUGCCCCUGCCAAGUCCCCAACGAUUAGAUUGGACUACAGUAAGUUAUGUGUACUAAUUAAUGUGUUUUUAUUGGCAACUGUACGCGAUUAACAUUGACGACUAACCCCGAAUACUAAAAACGCUCGAUUUUAAGGCGUUUUUUAAUGUGUGUAUGUCGCUUGCUACAUUAUUUUGAGUAUGAGAGGCAAUUAAAAAAUAGUGCCACUUAAAAUUGAGCGUUAAAUAUUCGCCCAUAAGACUGGCGUUUCACAAAAACGAUGUUUGUUAUUUUGUGAAAAAGUAAUACCCAAGCAUUUUUCAUAAAAUUACAAAAUGUAUAAAUAUGAAACAGAAAUAUAAUAAAAUUAUUGAUAAGACAAGUUCAAUUAGUAGUGGUGGUAGAUACUAUAAUAAGUAUUUUUAUAUUGCCACAAUUUAAUAUAAUUUGUCGAACUUUGCAGAGAUCUCCGUAUCUAUUGACUUAUAUUUAUCCGACUUCGGAACAGGAGGUUAUUUGUGUGAAUUCGUAGAUGAUUUUGUAACUGAGUUUACAAUACUGGAAUAUAAUUUACUGUUUCCGGGAGCUCCUAUUCUAAAGCUGAAUAGGUUCCCUAUGACGGGCGCAUUAUUGCGACGAACUACCUAUGUUAGAUUAAGAAUUUUAUGUGAAUCAAUCAGUUUGGCACCCUAAACAAAAAUAAUAAAAAUCUCGACACCUC